UACAUUUGGCAGGCAAGGGGAGUUUACAGUAUCAAAACCGCAAAUUUUAUUGAACCUUCUAGAUCUACCCUAAAUCUUAGUACAUCCACAAUAAAAGAGAAAAUGGUUACGUCUUGUGCUGCCCUGGGGUGUACAAAUCGCCAGACGACAACACGAUCUCAGGUCUUGUCUGAGCAUCGUGUUAGAGAUCUGACGUUUCACCGGUUCCCCAUGAAAAAUGAUGGACUUCUGGCGAAAUGGGUUGAAGCCGUCCGACGAGACAAAUUCACCCCAACAAGCGCACACAGGCUCUGCAGCCGGCACUUCCGUGAAUCAGACUUCAUCGAAGGUGACCGCAGGAGAGUCUUGAAACGAGAUGCGGUGCCCUCAAUUUUUGAUUUCUCCCAGCACCUGAUGGUUGUCAAUCAUGAUACACCGGUCUCGCCCUUGAACAAAGGUAGAGGAUGUCGAAGUGGCCGCAAGACCAUGCGUAAGAUAGACAUCUCCCAGAUUUUUUCAGAGGCUGUGGCCAGAGUGGAAGAAGUCCGUAGGGCAGCUGAGACUUCUGUCUGUACUGUUGGCGUACAGACUGAUCCUGUUUACAUUUUGCCAAUGGAAGACGCAGAUUUGAUGACUGUUGGCACAGAUAAAGGAUUGUCUGCCCGCCUCACUCUGGACUCUGCACGGAGACCUCCAGGGACCAGCCAGGGUCUUGUGCGUCAUCACUGCAGGAUCUGCGGCGCUGCUUUCGUGGGCCAGCUACAGCUCAAGCUUCAUCGGUGGAUUCAUCAGAUGGCCCAGCCCAGCUCUCAGAGGAGAAGGGCUGCUUCAAUGUCUCAGAGGAAACUGGCCACUCCCGGUUUUGCGGAGAAGAAUGAAGGAGCGAGUAUGUCGAGAGUGCUGAAGGGUGUGAAUAACGGGGCAGAAGGUUUUGCAGCAGACGCAGACCUUGGAGCGAUGGAGAUCACUGUGUUGUCUGACGGGAGAGUGAUAACGCCAUGGCAAACUGGGCAGGAGAACGUGCCGGUAGUAGAACUUCCACGCGCUGUGAAACAGACAGGUACGCCGUCAAAGUCAGGGAUUAUUGUUGGGAAGAAAAGACCGGUUGGUAAGUUUCAGCGAAGUUUGCUGAAGAAAAGGCUGCCAAGGGAGAGUGGUCAGAUGAGAAGUGACACCGAAGGCAAUACGCCAAAGAAGUGCCCAGUGUGCGGGGAGAUGUUUGUGAGGCCUGCGGCCCUGAGAAUUCACCUGUCUGAGCACCUGUACUACGACAUACAUCGAGGCCAGGUGUUGAUUCGUGGGGCCAUCAUGCCCAACACCAACGGGACGGGCCUGGGCGUCAUGGAACAGACCUCGGCAGGUGAAGACCUUGCUGGUGAGCAAGAGGGACCCCCGCCGGACGGACAGGCCAAAUCAAACGGGCCUGUGCCAUAUAGCCACAGCGAUGUGAAAGGUAGUGAGUUCAGCUACGUGUGUACUCUGUGUAAUGUAGGAUUCAUGCGUAAGAAACAGUUGUGUGCGCAUCGGCACUCGGAGCACAGCAGCGUAAAAAGCGCGUACAAGGACAAGACGCUGGUUCUCAAGUCACGCUCAUCCCUCAGACUGCACCCAGAGCGUAAGCCCAUCAUGUGUGAGAUCUGCGGGGCAGUCUUCAAGUCGCGCUACACCAUGAGGCACCAUGUGCUCCUCCACAGAGAGAAGAGCUUAUAUCAGUGCGAUAUUUGCCUAAAUGACUUUUCCACUCCUGGCGCGCUCAGAGUUCACAAGAAACUGCACAAGCCGAAAGAUCCUGAAGCCCAGCCUGCUGAAAAGUCGGAAAUGGAAAAGUUUGUCUGCGAUGUCUGCGGCAAGACAGUUAAGUCGAUGAAGCAGUUACGGUACCACCUGGCUCGUCAUGCAGGUGGGGAUACAUUCACAUGCCGAGUUUGCAAAGAGAAAUUCUCCUCCCAGAAACUGCUGAAGGCCCACCAGGCUGAGCAGGGCCACGUGGCCGACAAGCCGUUUAUCUGUGAGGUGUGCGGCUCUGCUUACUCUCGCAUCUACGAUCUAAAGAGACAUCAUUUUGUGGCUCAUGUGAAGAACAAAGAUGAGAAGAAAACUGUGAAACAGCGAGUGAAGAAGACAAGAGAAGAAGGAAAUUUCCCUUGCGAGUAUUGCGGGAAAGUUUUUCGCUUCAGAGACAGACUGCAGUACCAUGUGGGUGUGCAUACAGGGGAGAAAUCCUAUAAGUGCGACAUUUGCCACAAAACUUUUUGCUACUCAAGUUCUCUGUCUUUUCAUAAACGGAAGCACAGGGAGACAAAGGUGAAAGAGAAGCCAAAAGUAAGAGUGACCUGUGAGUAUUGCCAUAAGGUUUUCUGCAGCAAGCAGGUGCUGGCAAGUCACAUCAAAUACCACACGGGUGAAAAUCUCCACACCUGUGAAAUUUGCAACAAGUCUUUUGUCUACCGGGGAUCAUACGUCUUGCACAAACGAAGCCACGCGGGCGAGCGGCCUUACGAAUGCGAUGUCUGUCACCAGCGAUUUCUUCGCCCGUACAGCUUAAGGUGUCACUACCGCAUCCACACGGGCGAGAAGCCAUAUCCUUGCCAGAUCUGUGGCCAGAGGUUUCGGCAGCAGGGUGACCGCAACUCGCACCAGAAGCGUCAUGCUACGCAGGCCGCCAAGGCAUCCAACAACGUGUCGAGCAACACAGCAGCAGUCCAGACGCAGGUGGAGGCCCAAGUCCCAGCCACAAUUCAGAUGCAAGUGCACCAGCAGGACAAUGAGACGGCCACAUGGGUCAUUAGUGUUCUUUGAGGCUACUUAUUCUCUUUUACAUUGCACUAAGGCUUCAUGCUGUGGGAAAGAUUCCUUUUCAACAGUUUACUUUGAAACACUUCCAGUGAGUCGUUCUACUCCCAGUACAGAGACUUAAAAGUUGAACAUGAUGACUGCUGUGAAUUAUUUUGUUUUCACCGUUUUUAUCAGCUUGACAAUGGUGGAAAAUAUGUACUUGUUAUUGGACAAAUGAUAUAGGUGGCGACCUUGCCUGUUGCGUCGUGUUAAGUUCUCAGCAGAUGACAGAGAAAAAUUUCUUUUAAUUAAAAUUACUUCUGAUCAUCUCCAGCAUGAAAAAUACUUUGGGAAAGCUGAUGCUUUUGUUCUUGUCAAUGAUUGAUUUUCAAUAUUCUGAAGAAAGAUUGUGCACUAAACUU